UCCCCCCUCACACACACAAAUACACACAGCCGUUGACGCCCGGCUGCCGAGUGGCGUGAGCUGGAGUCCGAGUUGUGCAUGGGGUUCUCGGUGGCAGCGAGCAGCGGUAUCCCCUCAAGCGUCUUCCGCGCCGUCGAGCUCCGGCCUCGCCAUGAGUUUCCCGCGGCCGCUGCGCAGAGCCGUCAGUUUGACCCCCGCGCGGACUCUCCGGCUGGUGGUGCUGGGGCAGGGCGCCGUGGGCAAAACAGCAUUGACAGUAAGAUUCAUCACGAAGCGAUUUAUUGGUGAUUAUGACCCUACUCUAGAGAUGAUUUACAGGCACACAGCAAUCAUAGAUGGAGACAUGGUUCAUUUUGAAAUUCUUGACACAGCAGGGCAGGAGGAAGAUUCUCUCCAAAUUGAAGAAAAGAUAAAGUGGGGAGAUGGAUUUGCUGUAGUUUAUUCUGUCACUGACAGGUGUAGCUUUGACGAGGUGAUGAGGCUGUGCUUUCUCAUUAACCACAUCCAUUCAAGCCCAAAGCGGAACAGUGGCAGUGGAGAACCCCCAGUUGUGAUUGUUGGAAACAAGAAGGACCUGCAGUUUGACCGAAUGGUAACCUUUGAGGAUGGAGAAAAUCUCUCCAAGGCUCUGAAGCAUCCCUUCUAUGAGAUCUCUACCAGGGACAGCUAUGAAGAGUCUGUUGUGGUCUUCAACACCUUAUAUGGUGAGCUGAUGAAGCAAGGGCAUUUUUCUCCAGGGUCCUUCAAGAGGCGAGCAUCAUCUAAGUUAAUGGAAAAGAUUCCCAAAAUUCAUGCCAAUUCAAGUCUAACUUCAGCAGGCAGGAGUCUCAGCUUCAAUUCAUUCAGGGACUACAUCCCAGAGUGAACAUUUGUCUAAACCAUUGUACAGUGAUGUUCGAAGCACACAGAGGCAGUUCAAGAUUACAAGGGAGAAGCUGCAGGAUUGUUAGCACAAAGGGCAAGAGGCCUGCACAUUGUUAGGAAAACUUUUUUUAAAAAAAGAAUCCAUCAAAAUUGGAGUAUCUGAGUUUGGUCCUUAGCUGAUAGCACAAGGCUACAUGAUGCAACAGAACAACUUACUGGAUGUACCAAAGGACAGUCUAUACCUGAAUUUUGCUUUCCAAAACAUUUUUUUUUGAAAAUCCAAUCCAAAAUUAAUGAUCCUUUCCCCUUCCCACUAUUUUCUCCUAACAAUUAAUAUUCAGUAGCCCACAAUCUCUGGCCCAAGGGAUUCCAUUUAGCCAAUGUGUCCAAUGUAUUUCACUUGGCCCAUUCCACAUACCUUUCCCCAUGGAUUUGUUCUCUUUCAUUUUAAACUUAAGUGAAGCUAGUAGCCAUCUUAAUGGCAGAGAAUUCUAGAAGUAAGUGAGUUGUAGCGUGUUCUCCUGUAGAGUCUUUUAAAUUUGGAUUUAAGAGCACUAUAAAGCUCCAUUGGGUUGGGCCCUUUUUAUUUUAUUUUCAACAACAGGAAAAACA